GGAACAUUGAUGACCUUGUAACUAGUAAAAAAUGUAAAAAAAAUGAGAUAAUGUUCCACUGAAAAUAUUUAUCAGAUAUUAUAUACUAAAAUUUGCUGAGGUAAUUUAGGUGAAAGAUGGUCUGUGCAAACACUCACACUGAAUACACAUAAUGCCUCUUUCGGUGAAAAAGAUGAACUACUAACCAGAAAGUGCAAAAAUCGUACUCUCAAAAAUCUUUUUGGAUCAAUGCUGCACAGACACCGAUCCAUCAAAACUAUUGCAUUAGAAUUUCAGGAUAGCUAAGCAAAAAGGGCUUUAAAACUGCUAAGUUUAAAUUAGCAUUAUUUAGCCAAUUUAUCCAAUCAACAACCUAAUAAUACCAUACAGGUUUAAGGGGAAUUACAUAAUAAAAGUUUGAAUUUUGGGUAUUUCUUGUUUUAGUUUGAUU